AUGUCUUUCCUUUACACUGCAACACCCGCUCUGCGAGCCGUAGCACGUGCCUCGGCCCUUCGUCAAUCCCCUCGUCUUUUCUCCACCACCCUGAUUCAGCAGAAGUCACCCGUGGAUUCUGCCAAAGACACCCUCAAGUCAGUUGACCGAGCUGUCUCCGAUGCUGCUGUAUCUGGAAUUGACAAAGGAGUCGAAAUCAAGGACAAGGUCAAAGCAGCUGCAGGCGUCGAAACCAGCAAAGCUGAGGGCAAGGCCUCAGAAGUCGCCGGCGAGGCAAAAGGAAAGGCAGCUGAGCUCAAGGGACAGGCCAAGGGCAAGGCCGAAGAGAUCAAGGGAAAGAUGUCAUAA